UCUCACCCACUUUUAUUUUAUACUCUUAGAAAUAUUCUUUGCUCUCAUCGCCUUAACCAUGAUGAAGAGCGUCAUUGUCAUCGUAGCUCUUCUAUGUCUCGUCUCUCUGCCAAAUCCAACCAUCGGACUACAAAAGAAACCGUGGCCUAAGCCGUCCGAUCUAGCCAACAACAAUAACAACUUCGGUGACUCUAAGGUUGGUUGGGCUUGCUCCUCCUCUUCAGAUCCCAACGCUCCUCCUUCACCCCCUGGCUCUUUCCCCAAUAUUCCCAACAUCCCGGGAAUACCAAAUAUUCCGGGAAUUCCCGGGAUACCAAACAUCCCGGGAAUUCCAGGAAUAGGCAUACCAAACAUCCCUGGACUGCCCAACAUCCCUGGAUUUCCAGGACCACCAGCUGGUCCAUUCCAGUCUGUUCUUGUGUCGCAAUCCGGUGAACUAGAGAAGUGUUUGACCGGAGAUAAGUCCGUGGCGGAAAAAUGUUUCUCGCAGAUAUUUUCGAGUUGGGCAGAGAACGAUUUCUCUUUGGACAAAGAUUGUUGUGAGAUCGUUGUGAAUAUGGAUAAGAAGUGUAAUGGCCAUCUUCACAUGAUGUUUAAGAGCCAUUUCUUUACUCCUCUUCUUCAAUACUCUUGUCACAUCAAGCACGCCAAGAAGAAUUAA